AUGCCACGCCGCAAGCAGUUGAUGCCGAAACCCGUGAAAAGAGACACGAGCCACUCGCCGACGUCCCCAAAAAGAGCAAAAGCAGAAUCACCAGCCGAGCCUAGAGAAACACCCACCACCGAACCGCUCGAAUGCCAGCUAUGUCGAGAGAAGCUCGCCACGAUCGCUCAACUACAGGCCCACACCAUCCAGGCCCACGUCCACAACACGCAUUGUCCAGCGCGGCUUCCGUCAUUCGCCGCGUUUGCCUCCCAUAUGAGAUCUCAUAUGGCUCCUCCGCCUCAAUUAACUCCGAAUCUGCGAUGUCUCAUUUGCCACUCCACUUUUCCCGAUCAAGCGUCUCGCCAGCAGCAUACCCGAGCCCAUUUUGCCACCAUCACCACUCGACUGCGCUGCUCGCAAUGCCCGGAUGUGCCUUUUCAAACCGCCGCUGAACUCUCGCAACACGCCCGGGAAUCCCACCUGCGCGUAGUACACCGAUGCGCCGUGUGCCAGGAGACGUACGACACUGUCGACGCGUUCAAUGCUCAUUUCGCCACCCAUUCGAACGAGACCGAGGCCCCGGGAUGUGUUGUCUGCGAUGUGGCGUUCGAUUCAGAAGAGGUGCUCACCCUCCACAUACAUCUUGUACACGAUCGUGAAAAUUCUACUCGUGCUCCUCUUCCUUUCCCGUUGAUGCCACAAUUCGCCGUGCCACCGUUCGAUUUCGGGGUUGCAAAAUCGGAGGCGCAGAAUCGUCGAAUCCACUGUAGCGUCUGUGAUAUCGAAUGUGAAGGCGAAGAAGCAUUGGAUGAACAUCGACUCAUGGCACAUUGCAAGGUGCUUCGCGGAGACCACUGCAGUGUUUGCUCAUCGUCUAUGGCCAAUUCGUCGGAUAUCGUGGCUCAUUCCCAUAUUCAUUCCGUUGAUGGUCAUCUGUCAUGUGCUGUCUGCAGACAAACGGUGCGCGAUGAGACCCAUCUGCUUCUCCAUGCCCAUUUUCACUUGGCCAUGUCGAAAAUGCCGGACGAGAAUCAGCCGGCAGAGCCGGAAAAUACGCAAUGCUUUAGGUGUCAGGAAAUGAUCCUCGUCACCGACUUCGAGACACAUCUCCUGAAACAUGAAUCAACCCCCGAGUGUCCCUAUUGCACCGACGACAUCAAGCUAAAUCAACUUCUAGAACACAUCACCAACGAUCACCCAAAAGCCACGGGCGCCCAUCGAUGCAUCGGAUGCGAGCAGGAGUUCCACUUUGAGGUACUUCUCCAGCAUCAUCAGAUGAUGUCGCUAUGUCGUGCCAGAAGUGAAGGAUGGCCAGUCGGGCCGGCGGCCAUGCUCGCCAAUGGAAACGCGUUUCCCAAAGUUCAAAGAUGCCCGGUUUGUGGGCUGUCCUUCAACACCGUCGUCCGCCUCGACGCCCACAUCCGGAAGCACAACAGCACAAACACACGAGCGGUUUGCCAGAUUUGUGGGAAAGGAUUUGAAAGCAAAGAUAUUCUACAUUCCCAUAUGCUGCUGCACAAAGAGAAUCUCGAAACGGCGGCCCGGACGUCUACA